ACAUGAUCAUCACUCUACUUCAUCUGUUUGAAAGGAACAAUGAGGCUCCUCCUCCUCUUGACUCUCAUUCGCUUCAGCGUUGUCGUCAUCACAGCUAAGGCAGGACAGAAGAGCGUCACUCUGACAUGUCGAAUUCCAAACAACAACCUCAUAGCUGUUGAGUGGAGCAGAGCUGACCUGGGAGAAAAAUAUGUGCUUUUAUACCGGGACGGGCACUUUGAGCCACGCAACCAGCAUCCAUCUUUUAAGAACCGGGUGGAUCUGCAGGACAGACAGAUGAAGGAUGGAGACGUGUCUUUGAUUCUGAAGGAUGUGACGAUUGAUGACACUGGAACAUACGAGUGCCGUGUCUUCGUGGGAGAAACAAGCCCAUGGAAGUCCAUCAGCAUCAUCUACCUGAGUGUUGUUGCUCCUCCAGGUCAGACAGGAGGAGACACAGAGGAUGGAGGGAAGGAGGCUGGAGGGAAGAAGGAAGAAGGGAAGGAGGCUGGAGGGAAGGAGGAUGGAUCUGUUGGACUGAUUGUUGGCCUGUCAGUUUCUGCUGUGCUUCUUGUUGCUGCUGUUUUCAACUGGGUGAGCCCUUUCCUCAGAAAGUACCAGAAGGUGCUUCAGGUGUUUCAUCAAAUCCCUGACCCCGACUCAGGAACAAACAUGUCUGUCUUUGGACUUUCAGAGGAAACUUUGGUGUCAGAGACAGUGCACGGAGGCACAAGGAGAACACACUGA